UUCCUUUUUUUGUUUUGUUAUUUUACGUGACAUUUUGGCGAUCCUGCCAGGAUAGUGAAAAGUGUUUGUUCGGAAACCAAAAGACAUUCAUCAUCUACGGAAGAUCGAAUUAUUUGGGACUACGGUCAUCCGCAACAACAAAGUAACUAUCACGAACCAAGUGAAGUAACAAUAAAAGGCAAACGAAUCUCAAACUUCAACCUCAACUGACCCAAUGUUGCGAGCAAUAUGGGACAGUAUUCAAAAACAGAACGAGAACAUUGCCCUUUUACGAGAGGAAAUGUUACGUUUGUCUAUGCAAAAUGACGAAGAGAACAGACACAGGGCAGCAGAAAUCGAGAAUCUCGGGAAAACCGUCGCAGCGCUACGGACUGGGUUCGGAUCCCCUGCGACCGAUGAAUUUGCUUCCAUUAUCACCGAAGACAAUGAAAGUGCGUCGACAGCAAUCAAUCGUACUGUGAAUAUGGCAAAAGCACGCAAACUGUCAGGGUUAGCAGCUUCAGACACCCCACCUGUCCACCUCGACAGCGAACAACCCGAGGUGGAAGAAAGAGGCUAUUUUUCGCCCGCUCCUCCCACUCUACGAGCUAAGGAUGCAAUACGCUACAUCCCAACGCUCAACGGAGAUGAUGAUGUAGGAGUUGAAGACUUCAUCAAAGAAGUGAGAAGUAUGAAGGAUCGCUGUAUGGAGCAAGAUCUAUUGCUAAAAGCAAUAAAAGUGGAAAAAAUCGUGGGGAAAGCAGCCCAAAGUAUUCGCAACAUUCCUAUUGAGUGUUACAGUGAUCUGUACGACGCACUGAGAAAUAACUUAGCAGCACAAGUGACUUCGGAUGAGUACCAAGAACAAUUACGAGAGUUGAGACAGGGACGCGAGGAAUCAGUGCAAAGUUUUAAUAUUCGGUUUAGAAGAAUACUCAACGGUUUGCUGUACGCAGUAACCAAUGAGUACCCACAACCACUAACACGUAAAAUUAUGACUGAAGAAAUCACGAAGAAGACUGUUCGUGUGUACCUAAAGGGACUCAGACGCGACAUAGGGCGAAUACUAUUAAGCAGUGAACCCUUGAAUCUUCCGGAAGCUGAAAAAAAGGCAGCCGAUGUAGAACGCUACUUGCGAGAAGAACGACAACCUAAUUGGUCAUGUAAUCGCUUACCUUCGGUUAGUAAUCGCCCCGACAACCAGCAUAUGCAGAAAAUAGAUCACCUGCUGAACGCGCGCAGAUGAAGUGCUUCAAGUGCGGAAAGCUGGGACACAUUGCCAACAAGUGUCAAAAUUUUCUACCACCGAGCCAGCGCGAUCGACCACCCGCAAGGAUUCCAGGCAGUCCAGGAAUGGGACGAAAUACAAGAAACAACAUCGAACCAGGAGAUGGACGAACCGUACGAGACAUACGAGUCAACAUCGCCACGGGAAGAUUACUCGCAAUACCUUUGUCAACCCGAACCGAAGAGCGAGUAUUUCUGGUCGACACAGGAGCAGGGAUAAACCUGAACUGAUGGCGAACUCAUCAAUCAUUCUCUGAACGACGGACGGAAGAACAUGAAUAGCAAUCCGCACAGAGGAACUGUAAAGUAUUGGUACGCCACCCACGAAACCAAGUACUGAUGCUAUCUAC